AUGGUAUGUAAACCGAAGCCUGGUUGUCAACUUCCAUCCUGCGACCGUCCCGAGAUUUCUUCUGAGUUACUUGCGAUUGCAGCCGCUGCCGGACUGAAUGUUGUAUCUUUGCAACAAGAUAAUGAAUAUUCUAUCAUUUGCCAACCAUCAUCAGUACUGGAUUUAUUUUCCAGUCUUGCAAAUGUCGAAGGGAAGGCAGGUGCAAAGGGGGAAAAAGGAACACCCGGGCCGAGAGGAAUACAGGGACCUGCAGGUAUAGACGGUUCUGAGGGAGAAAAUGGCGCUGACGGAAAUCCAGGAACAACUGGACAAAAAGGUGACAAGGGAGAAGUUGGUAAAAUCAUUCAAGGACCUAAAGGAAAUACGGGUUCACCUGGUGUUGGCAUUCAGGGGCCUAAAGGCUCUACUGGUCCGAUAGGUCCCAAGGGCCCAGCUGGAAAAAAUGGUGCAACCGGUCCACCAGGAGCACGUGGUCGACCAGGACCUCCCGGUUCUUGUUCGUGUGGGAAUAGGUUUAACAGCUUUGACCGCGGGCCCUAA